UUCCAAUACUUUCUUCAUUUGGUUAUCAAAUAUUUAGAUAUCUUUCCUGUAUUGCCUCACACAUAUCAUUUACCUCGGAAUGUAGUAAGUCCUGAAUAUUUGUCCACUGGAGCUUUGCUGAACAUGCUGUGGAUUAGAUUUCAGUUAUUACAAAAAUACUUUCUGGAUUUUGUGGUGCUGCAGUGGGACUAG